AGGCGACCGCUCGGAUUAUAAUUAUUACAUUUCUAACAGAAAAUCAUAUGAAUCGCCUUUAAAUACGAAACGACUCGAGACGAGACACAAACCCCCCAUUAUUUUCAGUGAGGGUCGGUCUGACUGAGCUCCUCUGCAUUAGGUGGCGGAAUGCGCUCGCAGAAUGUGGCGUAUAAUAAAGAAGGACAAUCUUCCCCAGCUUCGGAUCAAAUGUAGCGCUAGCACCUUAGCAAACAACCCCAGGAUAGUAUUUGGUUUCUAUGGUGCUUUUCAAAACUGUUAAUCGCUUAACGCUGGAUAGGCGAGCGAGAAUCGUAGAAUCAAAGAGGUCGUGCGCGCAUGAAAUGCGAUGAGCGCGAGAAUUAGCAUCUGCUGUGAACGCGAGCUUCAGAGCUAACGUAACGGCUGCUGCUGCUGAUAACGGGCAGCCGACCAGGAAUUGCCGCUUUUAUUGUCGGGUUUGUUACUCUCGUGUCAAGAACAGCGUAGCGCAGUUAGCAAAUAGUGGCUGGAGGAACAGUAACGUAAACCAGGGCUAGUCUGCGCUACUUUUGCCUGUGAAAUGCGUGCGUAAGAUGUUAGCCGAGCACGUAUAGCCUCAGAAACUCGCGUCUUUAUUGCUUUCCUACGGUCUUGUGGAGUUUGACAGUGUGUUGCAUUAAAUGCCAGUUACGCAUUCAUCAAGGAAAGGCGCUGUUCCAAAGUUCAUCGGACAGCAUGGAAAUUGUACAUAAGAAGGCAUCUUAGCGCGUAGACCUCGUCCCACGCCAAGAUUUAGGUAAGAUCGCACCUGUACGAGCCUGUUGACGCCAGAGAGUGAAGAGCAGUGAGUGCCACAGUCAGCGUCAUGUCUGAGGACACCAGCGUGGACAGAUUCAUAAAGGAGACAUCCAUCCUGGAAGAGUAUAACAUCAAUUGGACACAGAAGCUGGGAGCUGGGAUCAGUGGUCCUGUGAGGGUAUGUGUGAAGAAGUCGACACAAGAACGGUUUGCCCUGAAAAUCUUGAUUGACAGACCCAAAGCCCGCAAUGAGGUUAGGCUUCAUAUGAUGUGUGCAUCUCACCCCAACAUUGUGAAAAUAAUGGAGGUGUAUGCCAACAGUGUACAGUUUCCCCAUGAAUCCAGUCCAAGGGCAAGGUUACUGAUUGUGAUGGAAAUGAUGGAAGGUGGCGAGUUGUUCCACAGAAUCAGCCAGCACAAGCACUUUACAGAGAAGAUGGCCAGCCAGGUCACUAAACAGAUAAGCCUUGCAUUACAACACUGUCAUUCAUUAAAUAUUGCACAUCGAGACCUGAAACCAGAAAACCUGCUCUUCAAGGACAAUUCACUGGUGCUGGAGGCACAGAGACGCCACCAGAAAGAAAAGUCUGGAAUUAUACCUACCUCACCCACACCUUACACAUACAACAAGAGCUGUGACCUAUGGUCCUUAGGGGUGAUCGUCUAUGUAAUGCUCUGCGGAUAUCCUCCAUUUUACUCCAAACACCACAGCCGUACCAUCCCAAAAGAUAUGCGCAAAAAAAUCAUGACUGGCAGCUUUGACUUCCCAGAGGAGGAGUGGAGUCAAAUAUCUGAAAUGGCCAAGGACAUUGUCCGCAAGUUACUUAAAGUGAAGCCCGAGGAGAGACUAACCAUAGAGGGAGUGUUAGCCCAUCCCUGGCUCAACUGCACUGAAGCGCUGGACAAUGUGCUUCCGUCUGCUCAAAUGAUGAUGGACAAGGCAGUUGUGGCUGGAAUCCAACAGGCCCAUGCUGAACAACUGGCCAACAUGAGGAUACAGGACCUGAAUCUCAGUCUAAAGCCGCUCAACUCGGUCAACAACCCCAUUUUGAGAAAGAGAAAGCUACUUGGCACCAAACCUAGCGAUGAACUUUUCAUCAAUGAUCCUGAGAAUGAGACAGAGGACACCAACGUGGCUCUGGAAAAACUACGAGAUGUAAUCGCACAGUGCAUCUUACCACAGGCUGGUGACAAUGAGGAUGAGAAGCUAAAUGAAGUUAUGCAUGAAGCGUGGCGAUUCAAUCGAGAUUGCAAACUACUCCGAGAUGGAUUGCAAGGGUUAAGUUGGGAUGGUAGAUCAUUUUCAGACAGAGUAGACCGCUUAAAGCUGGCUGAAAUUGUCAAACAGGCCAUUGAAGAAAAGACGAAUUUACAGGACUCCCAAUAGCAAGUGCUGACAUUUUAAUCCCUUUUGUACUGUUAAUUAUAAUUGUCAUUAGGCAUAUGAUUGCAAAACAUGUUUUUGUAUAAAAUUGCUGACCUUUUUCCAUGGUCAUACUGUAGUCUGUUGUAAAUCUCUAGCUGAAACCAAGUUGUUGGUAAGAUUUGUUUUCACUACAGACUGCAGUAAAGAAAUGUGUUUUAAAGAAAUUGCAAUGUUUUUAUUUCUGAUUUUCAUAAUGAAAAAUAGGGGGAAAAUAUCUAUAUUAGAUAACAUUUUAUAAUUCACCUUAGUUCAGUUCAUUUAAUUGAAUCAAAACAUGUCACUACUUAAAAAGAAGAAAAUAAGAUAGUUACGCAUUAAAAAAUAUGGGACACUAAAAUGAUGUACAGUAAUGCACAGAUUGGAAUGCAAAGUUUCAUAAAGAUGAAUAAGUUGAUUUGUUCAAAAUUUUUACCUUUUGACUGUUAGGUGGCACUGCUAGCAAACUUAUGUUGUAUUAUCAGAGGAUGCUUACAGUGGC